CACACUCUUCUCUCUCACACACAAAGUUUUGUCGUUAGAUAGUUGGUCGCUGUGCUGACAAUCUUCCAGAACCUAUUCCUGACCUACGCUCCAAAGCACAGAUUUAGGAUCAGCUCAUCCUCAUCAAAUCCAAACCAGGACCUUAAUAAACCACAAGGGGAACACUGACCUCAGACCAGCGUUUAAACCCCACGUCUUCCUGCCCAGACACUGACUCUGUCUAGAGUUCCUCCGUGCUCCAGCCGUAUAUCCAUCCAUCCAUCCAUCCAUCCACACCCCAGCCAUCCAGCCAUGGGUCUGAUGAGUGAGGACAUGGAGUGCUGCGUCUGCCUCCAAUCCUACUCUCGUAGGGAGAAGAUCCCUCGGAUGCUCCACUGUAAGCACACAGUCUGUGGGCUGUGCUUGCAGGCGAUGUCCAGGCACCAGAGCGGCCUACUGACAGUCUGCUGCCCACUGUGCCGUUGGAUCACCUGCACCGAGCCCAGCCUCACCCUGCCGGGGUCGCUGUGGGUUAACACUGAGAUCUGGGACCAGAUACUAGACACACAACAGGAAGAGGAGGAGGAGGAAGAGGAAGAACAGUGGAAGGAAGCUAACAGACAGACACAGACCACUACACCGUACACAUGGUCUCCAUCAAGGCAUUGUGGCCUGAGGCUCAAACUACAGAAUUUCCUGAGGAGGAUGAAGCACAAUGUACUGUAAACCGAGAAGACGAAGAGCAGGGAUAAAGAAGACUGGAUGUUACCAUUUCAGAGUCGGAGAUACUCAUUGAGUAAUGAAGCUAAUUCACUAAACAGGACCGACCGGGGAUUUUCAAUAAUGACGCAAGAUUGAACCAAUUAUAAAUAUUCUUUGGGUUUGAUUGACUUUGCGUAUGUGUAAUGUUCUCAGUCAACUUACCUGGUAAAAUAAGGGUUAAAUAAUAAUGAAGGAUAGAUAGAUAGAUAGAUAGAUAGAU